UGCACAGAAGACCAUCUCCCCCGACCGUUUUUUUUUCUUCUCGUCAAGACCAGUCUGUAGGUGAUCAAGUUUCAGGCGUUUCUUUUUAUGCUUGAUACGUUAGGUUAGGCCGGAGCAAGGAGUUUGGGGUAGCCAGGCAAGAGGGGAAGUGAUUGCGCUCGGCCACUGUGCGUGAGUUACAGCCGGGAAGUGCAUCUCUACUCUCUACUGCAUACUCCCAUUUGCUCCUAAACCUAGAGAAUUCACUUGAUAUCUGUUGGGUUGACAGUUGAUUUGACAGGGUGAAAACAUAGACCUGGAUUUCUACUUGGGGAAACUGAAAUAACGAAAAUGAACGAGACAGAGCACAUCCCGCUUGCAGAAUACGAUUUUGAGAGAACAUUUGAUGAAAAGGGCGCUCUCGAAUGGAUGCAAGAAAACUGGAGCAAGUCCUUUAUGUUCUGUGGACUGUAUGCUGCGAUCAUCUUCGGGGUCCAACACUUCAUGAGAGAGAGGCCCAAGCUGAACCUGCGCCGACCACUUGUCCUCUGGUCACUCAGUCUGGCUAUUUUCAGUAUCAUCGGAGCUGUCAGGACCGGUUGUUACAUGUUCCAUGUCCUCAACAAAAGUGGCUUUAAGCAGUCGGUGUGUGACACCAGCUUCUACAGCGCCCCUGUCAGCAAGUUCUGGGCCUACGCCUUUGUCCUGAGCAAGGCCCCUGAGCUGGGCGACACGGUGUUCAUCGUGCUCCGUAAGCAGCGCCUCAUCUUCCUGCACUGGUACCAUCACAUUACCGUGCUUGUCUACUCCUGGUACUCCUACAAGGACCAGGUGGCCGGCGGCGGCUGGUUCAUGACCAUGAACUACCUGGUCCACUCCUUCAUGUACACCUACUACGCUGCCCGGGCGGCAGGUUACCGGGUGCCCCGACCCUGCGCUAUGGUCAUCACGGCCACCCAGAUCAUGCAGAUGGUGAUGGGGCUUGCUGUCUUAGGCUUGGUCUACCACUGGAUGCACGAAGUGCGCUGCCCCUCCUACGUGCCCAACAUCGCCUGGGGCUCACUCAUGUACCUCAGUUACCUGGUCCUGUUCGCCUCCUUUUUCUACAAGUCCUACCUCAAGGUUGCCGCUGACAAGGAGUCCAAGGCCAAGUAGGGGCUGGAUUCGUCAGAGGCAAGUUGUACACUGGGAAAGUCAUAUUAAGAGUGUGCCUAGUUGAGAAGAAUAUUGCGUUGUGCCAUAAUGUGUGAGUCACAACUGUUUUUUGGUGGUUGCUGGGUCCACGUCAAUUGUGACAAGCCAAUUUCUUCCCACCACAACUUUGUAUAACUGUAGCUCAUCAAACUAACUAGAACCAUGGAUUACACGAUAAUAGAACGGUUGUUGAGAGUGGACAGGGUCAGGACACUUUAAUAUAAUAUCCCAUGAGUUUUUAAAAAAGGACAUAGAGAGAGCAGCUCAGUUUGUGUUUGACUAAUGUACUACUCACUUCAUUUUGAUUUCUUGGCUUUGUUAAUCAAUAUUUUUGACCAGCUGCUUCAGUCAGAGUCCAGUGAAGAACACAGCCAUAUGAGUCCUGAGGCUUCUCCAAGGGCAGUUUACAACUGCGUUUGCAGUCUGCACAUUCAAUGAAUUCGACAGUCACUUACAGGACAUUAUUCAUGCAGAAAGGCUCUAACUUGUAGUGAAAUCUGGUACUGAGAAUUGUCUCACUGUAUUAGACAUCACAAACCUAUAGUAUAAUGAAGUGAUGGUCAAAAGGGACUAAUGGACUGAUUAAUGAAGGUUAGUUUUUCUGUUUUAGUUGUAGGCAAUUGUCUGGGAAUAGGUGGGAGGAGAGAAGCGCACUGGAAGGAGUGACACUUAGAAAAUAUGUGUCCAUUGUAAAUAAUAUAUCUUAAGAAUGUAUUUAUUUUCUUAAAAUCGAAAGUCUCUGGUGGUCCUUAAAGUGUACCAGGAAAUAGUGGGACUCACUACGUUUCUGCCUUUCUUAAAUUGUGCAGUAUGAGUUGUGCACUUUUAUAUUUUCAAUAUUUUUCUUUACGUCACAACAAUGCACUAUAUUGUUUUGUUUUUUAAGUCUUAACUCUAUCUGGAUGUUCAUUAAAGAAUUGGAAGUCCCAUAAGAUUAUUUUUAUUUGUCAAACGGUAGCCAAGCAUCGAUCAUGUCACCAGAAUAAGACCCUCAAUAUUUAUUGGA